AUGCUGCUAGUUGCCGGCUUCGUAUUCACGUACUACACGACAUGGGCCAUCUUACUCCCUUUCUUUGACGCAUCCAGCCCCAUACACAACUAUUUUCCUGCACGUGAAUGGGCAAUACGGCUGCCAGCAUUUGCGCUCGUAGUUGGACUUUCGGGUAUCGGUUUCUUCAUUGGCUCCACAAUCAUGAAGGAGAAUAGAAAGAAGUCACAAAAAGCGAAACUCAGGGCAGCCUGA